UCUCCUCAUCUCCCGUUUAUCUUCCCAGCCAGACCAGUCAGGCAGAGAUGGACGGCGGCGGUAUCCAGGCGGCGGCGGCGGCGGCGAAGGGCAAGGGCGUCGACGGCGAGGCGGCGGUGACUCUGGAGGAGCUGCGGAAGCGGAUGGCCGACUUCGCCAAGGAGCGGGACUGGGACCAGUUCCACAGCCCCAGGAACCUCCUCCUCGCCAUGGUGGGUGAGGUCGGGGAGCUCUCGGAGAUCUUCCAGUGGAGGGGCGAGGUGCCCCGGGGCCUGCCGGGGUGGGAGGCCCGGGAGACGGAGCACCUGGGCGAGGAGCUCGCCGACGUGCUCCUCUACCUCGUCCGCCUCUCCGACAUGUGCGGCGUCGACCUCGGCAAGGCCGCGCUGCGCAAGAUUGGGCUCAACGCCAUCAAGCACCCGGUCGGGAAGCGCCACAACACCUCGUCCAAGAAAUUCGCUCGAUGCUCCGGCAGCAAUGGUAAUGCUGGCAGUACCACUGGCGAUGACAAGAAUGAGGCUGUCAAGGAGGGUGAUAAGGAAGGAGCACUGAUAGGCUAGCUGGCAAGGCUUCGAUCUGAGAGCUUUAGCUAGCACUGCAGGAUGGUUGCCUGCAGGUUUUGGUUCUGUCAGUUCUGUGGUAAUGGAGAUCAUAAUAUGCGGUUAUUUGAUCAUAUGCUUAGUUUACUUUUUUCGAAAGGAAAUUAAAUGUUUAAACAGUUCUAUUUUUCACUGGUUCGCCA